AUGGAUUCCUUUUCUUCUAUAAAAUCUGAAUACUUAGAACUUAUAGGAUGUAUUCCACUUGAUACUGCAGAUUUUGUAUUUGCCUAUGGAUCUGGCGCUAUACCACAAAGUGGUAAUAAAAUGAGUGACAAAAUGGUUGAUUUCAUUGUUGUUACAAAUGAUCCAUUGAAAUUUCAUAUUGAUAAUAUUAAUCAAAAUCCUGGUCAUUAUUCAUUUUUACGUAAGUUAGGACCAAAACGUGUUACAGAGAUUCAGACAAAAUUUGGUGCUCGAGUUUAUUACAAUACCCGAGUAGAAUAUAAUAAUAGAAUGAUAAAAUAUGGUAUUAUAUCAACAGAUAAUAUCUUACAAGAUUUACUUGAUUGGAACUGGUUAUAUGUUGCUGGAAGGAUGCAGAAACCUAUUUUAAAUGUAGUGAAACCUACAGAAAAGAUAAAAGAAGCAGUUGAAAUUAAUCGUAUAUCAGCUUUACAAUUUGCCUUAUUAAUGGUCGAAGAUACAUUUACUUUUGAAGAUUUAUUUAAACAUCUAGUUGGUAUCUCAUAUAAUGGUGAUUUUAGACAGAUAAUUGGAGAGGAUAAAGAUAAAGUUAAUAAAAUUGUUCGUGGUGGUUAUGAUAAAUUUAUUGAAAUUUAUAAACCUUUACUAGAAAAAGAUCCAAGAGUUACAAUUCUUUCUAAUAAAUGUGAACAGGAUAAUACUACACAGGCUAUUUAUCAUAGAAUUAAUCUACUUCCAUUAGGAAUUAUAGAUAAUAUACAAAAAAUAUGGAGAAAAAAGGAUAAUGAACGCAAGGAUGUUGAAGAGAUAUCAUUUUCACUUGCUAACAGAACAGAUUUUGAUGUAAUAUUAAGGAGAACGACAAGUAAUAUUGUUGCAAAAUCAUCAAGAAAUCAAACAAUUAAAAAUGCUUUAUCAGCUGGUAUUGAUAUGGAAAAUAAUACUCAAUCAUCAAUUGACUUUCAAUUGGAGUUGGAGGCCUGUACUUUAAAUGUAAAAGUAAUUGUUUUAGAAUCCUGUUAUAUAAUUUUUAUUGGUAAAAGAAAUGAAAUUGAUAUUAUGACGAUGGGAAAUUUUGGAAAAUCAACAAUACUUGACUUUUCACCAGGAGCUAGUAGUCAAAUGUAUGUUGAGAGUUUAAAUUUGAAAUUGUCAAAAGCUUUUCCGGGGAAGCAAAUUUUUGUAAACACUGAUCUUUCUUCUAAUGAUUCACCUGAAUUUUGGUCUGAAGUAUUUUUAAAAUUUGUUCCUAAACUUAAAGAAAUAUUAAUAGGUAUAAUGCUUGCAUUGAGACAAAUUUUUAAAAAACAAUUAUUUUCAACAUCAGUUUAUCGUUUCCAGAAACCGAUAGAUACAAAAAAUGAUGAUAAAAAGAAGAAAUCUUUAAAUGAGCAAAUUGCAGGGAAACUUGAUGAAGUUACAGAUUCUAAACCAAAAAGUAAAUACUAUAAUGAAGAAACAGGAGAAAUUGGAGGACCUCAAGGGCCCGAACCAACACGCUUUGGAGAUUGGGAGCGAAAAGGACGUGUCAGCGACUUCUAG